CUUAGUGUUCGACGUUUUCAGAUAAAGCAUUAUAAUUGUAUAAGUAUUGUUAAUAUGUAGUUUUUAACAAAAAUUUAAUAAUUUAAUUAAUUAACUUAUUUUAUAUAUAAAAUCAAGUAUUUGUGUGUUAUAAGAUAAGAGCGUUGAACAAAAAGACAAAAUGUCCUUGAGCAAAGACCAUAUGUAACUAACCACAUGGUCUAUUCAGGUCGUUCGUAUUACACUCAACAAGUUGAUGCACGGACUGCGUAUCAUUAUAAAGAUUUCAAUUGACAUUUAAGAGAUUGCCAAAUUUCAUACUAAAUAUAAGAUAGGCUCUCUCCGUAGUUAGUUCAGAAUACAUUUAACCAUAUUACAGAGAUCAUUACAAAUAAUAAAUAUGAAUAGUACGUUAUUCGCGUUGUGUUUGAUUGCGGCGAUGAGUAGUGUCAACUCACAGUUCAUAGACAAGUUGCUUGGUAGUGCACAAAAUGCAGCUGCAACGAUAUUGAGAUACGAUAAUAACAACGACGGCAGUGGUAACUACCAGUUUAAUUACGAGCAAUCUGAUGGUACCAAGCAUGAGCAAACGGGUAUACUUAAGGAUGCUGGCAGCCUUAAUCCAUUUGUGAUCGCCAAAGGAUUUUAUGAGUGGAUCUCACCAGAAAAUAAGAAAUACCGUGUCCAGUAUGAAGCCGACGAAAACGGGUACCGAUCAGAAUUAGAAGAGGGUCCUGGAGUACCCCCCAAUGUUGGAGCUAGUUUGCUCGGUUGAAAAUUGAAUAUAUAUUAGUAUAAU